AUGGCUGAAACCUUCGCAUAUGCAGGAGCAUUUUAUAUGCUCAGUAAACUCUACUUCAGUUCUUUGCUCGCCACAUUGAACCGCAGAGAAAAGAUCAGGACGCAGAUGAAUGGAACCAAUGGCAUGGCGACUCUCUCCAUUUCCGGGAUUGUUUGGCGCGGCCAGUCAAGCUGUACACAAUCCAAGGAUGAUCAUCCCGGUCUAGAUAUCUUUCAAAACUCCGGAUCUGUGAGGCUUGGGGUGAAGCCUGAGGUCACUAUUGACGAGGACUCGGGUCAGAUACAUUUUCCAGGGACGACUGACGAUGUUCUUUACCCAGUACGCGCAUACAAUUACCAUGCUACUCAUAUACGGGCCACAAACACUCCCUCUGAGCUGUGGCGAGACGCGCCAACUCGCGCGCCGCCACGUGUUUCUGUGGAAAUUGAACAAGCGCCCGUCCUCGGUUUGUUCCCGCCAACGUCACUUGCUCUCGAACGCUACCUGAUUGUCUCCAGUACGGGCUGCUUGCUCACUGUACUCCGAAGUAUGGAAACAGCAGCAGAACAUGGUCCUGGCAUGAAUGGCCAGGGCGUCAUAGACGAAGGCCUAGCAGAUACUCCAGUUACCUCGACACCUCCUCCCAACGAAAACAGCGAGCCCAAUAACCCCAUACACCACGACGCAUCUUUAGCUUCAGCACCAUCACGCCCAGCGACGCCGAGUACCGCGCCACAGUCCGCCACUACUCCCAUACCACCACCACCGUCCAACCAGGACGCCCAACCAAGCGGUGGCGAACGCGUGCUCAACGUAUCCGAUGCGCUCAGCUACCUUGAUGCGGUCAAGAUCCAGUUCCAUGAUAAACCGGAGGUGUAUAAUAUAUUCUUGGAUAUCAUGAAGGAGUUCAAGAGUCAACACAUCGACACACCAGGUGUCAUCGCCCGUGUCUCUGAGCUUUUUCACGGCCACCCUGCCCUCAUCCAGGGUUUCAACACCUUCCUUCCGGCAGGCUACCGCAUCAAUGUUGGCCUCGAAGACUUUAUCACCGUAACCAUGCCCGACGGUCAGAUCAUGCACCAGGCGCCCACAAACGGCCAUCACCCUUCUACUGCACCCUCCGCCCACCCUCCUCUAUCCUCCGAAGAAAUGCCUCCCCCGUCUUUACCUCUCACUUCGGCGGACAUCGAGAUGGGCUCACCGUCAUUACCGCCUGCCCCGGCGCCGUAUAUAGGCUCUGGCUCUGGCUCCGGGACAGGAUCGGCCCGCGUCGCAAUUGGAAUGGGCGUGGGCGUCGGUAUGGAGCAUGGGAUGCCACACUCUGAGGUGGAGAAACAGGGAUUGGGCCCCGCGAUGGAUUAUGUGCAGAGGAUUAAGACGCGGUUCAGUCAUGAUCCAGAUACUUAUAAGCAGUUCUUGGAGAUCUUGUCGAAUCAUAAAUCGAAUUCGAACGAUUUCCAGUUCCGCGACCAGACGGAAGUGUACAGAGAGAUCGAACGCUUAUUCAAAGAUGCUCCCGACCUCGCCGCCGCCUUUCGCGAGUUUAUGCCUCUGACGACCGGAGGUGCACCCGGGGGGUCCGGCAUACAAGAUGGAGAUGGAGGCGAAGACGGUGGAUUGCAGGGAAUGCUGGUCGAGAGGGAGCGGGAGAGACAUUCGCGGACGAGGAAUGGGACUCCGGCCGAGCGUGGUCCUGGUUCGCAUGGUCCUGGUGGGAGGGCGGGAAGUAAGAGGAAGCAGCCGGAGAGUGUGGCUGGGACAAGUGUGCCAGCAAAGAGGAGAAGGAAGACUGCGGCGGAUAAGGAGAAAGAAAGGGAGAAGGAGAGGGAGAAGGAGCUUGCUAAGGCGAAGGUGAAGAAGUCGAAAGAAAAAGCGAGCGUGGCCGCCGACACGGCUUCGUUCUCCCAAUACGCACCUUCACCUCGACAAGCAUCUCGCGGCCACCCCCCCAGCCACGUCCACAACCACCUCCAUCCCCAAUCCCAAAUUCAGUCCCAAUUUCUGCCCCCCUCCACGCCACCCCACUCUCACACAAUGUAUGCCCCCGACAUGCCCCUCUCUGCCCUUUCCGGCUCACCGGCAAUAUACCUCUCUGCGCCCGACGAAUCACAAUUCUUCGACAGCGUCAAACGCGCGCUGAACUCUCGCGAGACGUACAACGAGUUCUUGAAGACCAUCAAUUUGUUCACGCAGGGAUUUAUCGACAGGGCGAGGUUGGCGAAAAGUGUUAGGAGUUUUAUUGGGGAGAGUGGGGAGCUGUGGGGACAGUUUAGGGAGAUUGUGGGGUGGGAUGAGGGGGCGGAGAGAAGGGAGAUGGAGAGGGAGGUAGGGGCGAUGGAGGCGGCGAUGGGGGGAGGAGGGAUAGGGGGUGGUGGAAGAAUGUUUAUGGUGGGAUUGGAUAGGCCGAGUAAGGAGGAGUUGAACGUGAGAUAUGGGAGCUAUAGGCGGUUGCCUGCGGAUGAGAUCAACCAGCAAUGCUCCGGCAGGGACGAGAUGUGCAGGCAAGUCCUUAACGACGAGUGGGUCUCCCAUCCGACUUUCGCGAGCGAAGACUCGGGUUUCUUCACUCAGAAGAAGAACAUCUACGAAGAGGCUCUCCAUCGCUCCGAAGAAGAACGCCACGAAUACGACUUCCACCUCGAUGCCAUCGCACGUACGAUCGGCGUCCUUGACCCCCUCGACCGCAAGAGCGCUCAAAUGUCCCCCGAAGAGCGCGCCGCCUGGAAGCUCAAACCCAACUUUGGGGGAUCGGGAAAAGCCAUCCAUCAGCGGAUCAUCAAGAAGAUCUACGGGCGCGAGGCAGGCCUCGAAGUCAUCGAUGCGAUCCAGCACUCCCCAGGCUCCGCUAUCCCUGUCGUUGUCCCUCGAUUGAAACAAAAGGAAGAAGAAUGGAAACGCGCACAGAGGGAAUGGAAUAAAGUCUGGCGAGAGGUCGACGCGCAUAAUUAUUACAAAGCGCUCGACCACCAGUCGAUCACGUUCAAAGCCGCAGACAAGAAGGCGCUCACGUCCAAGGCUUUCGUCAGCCAGAUCGAGGCGGUGAUGGAGGAACAGAUGGCGAAACGGGCGAUGCUCGUCGAUCCGUUAUUCGCGAGGGCGAGGCCGAGACAUCAAUUGGAGUUUGAGCUGGCAGAUGAGGGGGUGUUGAUGGACUGCUUGAAGUUGACGAGCUCGUUCGUGGCGAGAAUGGGGUCGGGCGGGAGCGGGGGGAGCGGGAGUGGCAGCUCGGCAGGGCAGAUGAGAAUGGACGCGGAGAGGAAGAAGUCAGUGGAACUCAGGUUGUUGAACGUUGUGAAGACGUUCUUCAUGUUGUCAGAUGACUGGGUCAAAUCUGGGUCUGGGACGAGUGGGCAGUCAGUGUUCCAGAGGGGGGCUGAGCAUAAGGAGAUUGUACAUGACAAGACUACGGAGGGAGAGGCAGGUGAUGCAUCGGAUGCGAGUGGCAGUAAUCCUGCGUCGAGUGGGUCGAGAGUACUUUCCGGAAAGCCAGCGGAUUUGAGGAAGAAUCUAUUGAAGAACGAGCAGGCGAAGAGGUCGAGAGGGCAGGCUGGGCAAGGCCAGUCGCCUUCGAUGUCAAGAUUACCUUCUCCGACGUUACUUGGUACUUCGGUCGAGAGAGAACUGCCGCAAUUGCUGAGACCACUGGGAGAGGACGAUUCCAGUCAGGCCAUGCAGCUUGCGGAUCUGCCAACUUUGCCUUCAGGUGGGGAAGAGAGAAGGCCCAACAGACGUCGGUCAUUCUUCACGAAUACCUGGUUCUAUACUUUGUUACGGCUGAUCGAGGUCCUGUACUCUCGCCUUGAUACAUUCAAAACUCUCUCCGCCGAACUGUGCGACUUCCAAACGUCCAAAGAGGCCGCUAACACCCUCGGCCUCGCCAUGCCUCCGCCUGGUUCUGAUCAGGUCACGCCUACACAGUAUUACGUGCUUUUCCUCGAGACGUGCGAGAAACUGUUCGACAAUCAGCUCGAUGUACCCGCUUUCGAGGAUCAGAUGCGGGGGACGUUCGGUUUGCAGUCGUACAAGGCUUUCACGCUGGAUAAGGUUAUUGCGGCACUCAUCAAGCAGGUCCAAGGCUGGGAGCAGGAUUCAAAACUUGACAAGAUAUCGAAACUCCUUUUAGAUGAACGUCAGAUCGAGAACCCGACGGCCGAGGAUCGCAAGAUCUUCCGAAGGAAGGCUGAGGAGAUCAUAGGUCCUGAGGAAAAUUUGUUCAGUGUAGACUGGCAUCCCGAGUCGAAGAUGAUGACUUUCCAGCUGCUUAGCAAAGAUGGGUCUAGUUUAGACGACGCUGAAGUCUUGACGGGUCGAUGGCAGUCAUACGUCGCUUCUUUUGUCUCGGAAACGGCCACGAAGGACUUGCCCGUCUCGAAACUCCGUCGUCCUUUCCUCCGCCGGAAUCUUCCUGUAAAGCCGAAAACCCCAGACCUCGUCGCUCGAGGUGCCCUUGAGAUCAAAGUCUGCGUCCGAACCUAUCGCCUCUUCUUCGUCUCGAAUACGGAGGACGUUCUGUGGCGGAGAUCGGAACCUGGAGAGUAUGAUAAGGGGAAGAAGCGAUUGGAGGCCAGGAAUGAGGUACGGAGGCAAUGGUUGAAGAAGAUGGACGAGGAAGGUAAUGGGGAACCCACGAGUGCGUCUGGGUGA